GUUUGACGCGAGAGUUGUCUUUCUUUUAAUUAAACAAUUUAAUGAGUUAAGUGACUCUUUUAAAUAAUGAUGUUCAAAAAUCUUAACUCAACUUAUUAUAUAUAAAUUGUAAUGUUAUUCUCUUCCAUUGUAGCAAUCCCAAAAGCAGUUGUAAGACACAAACCACUCAGACAAGAUACAGCACAUGAUGUUCACCAACAUGUUAAUCUUAAAAGGACUGAAGUUCGACGUGUUAACCAAGUGGUCGAUUUGAUUCAUGAGGUUCCAAUGGUUGUUGUUAAACACAAGACAUUUUUGUCACCUGAAAUUAUCCCAAGACCAGUUGUUGUAAACGAAGUCCUUGCACUUCCAGUUAUUCACGACAAUCAUGUUGUUCAGGUUGAGCAUAUUGAUGCUCCAUUUGAAGUUGAAAGGAAGAAAUUUGUUCCAAAACCAUUCACAGUAAUCAAACCAGUUGCUGUCGAUUUCCUCAAGAAAAUCACAAAGGUUUACGACAGAAAAGUUGAGGUACCACACUUCCAACCAGUUCCAUUGAUCGCCACAAUUGACAAACCAAGGCCAGUACCAUUCACAAGAGAAAUUGUUCAACAUUACGACGUCCACGUUAAUGUACCAAGACCAAGACCAGUCAAAUUGACCAGACACAGAACUCAUGUUGAACAUGUUCCAUUUGAAACACCAAACGUAAUUGUCCAAAACAGACCACGUCACCACGAAGUCAGAGAAUUUAUUCCAAGAGUACCACAAGGAUUCAAUGGCCGAGUAUUUGCCGGCACAAAUGAGGAUAGAGCAGUAUCUUUCGAAGCAGACCGAUUCGGACCAAACACAGCUGGAAGAACAAUUAACGUAAGACGUACAGUACAAGCUGCACAAGGACCAGCAGUAGCACCACAAGCUCAAGAAGUAGCAGUUGAAUUCCAUGACGGACGUUCAGGUCAACCAAUCAGAGACGAUGCAAGAAGAGGUCAAGGAGUUAGACGUACAGUCCAAAGAGUCGCCGGAGGUUCACGACAAGGACAGGCUUUCGCAAUCGGAGACGAAAUUGUAUCAGGUGGAGAAUUCUUGAGAGGUGGAGGAGUCGCAUUAGGUGCCGGAGGUGGUGGCCUAGUAGGAGGACCUAUUGGAGGAGGUGGAGGAGCAGGAGGCGGAUUCGGAUUAGGUGGAGGAGCAGGAGGCGGAAUCGGAUUAGGUGGAGGAGCACAAGUCGUUGGAGUUAUAGGAGGAGAAGGUAUCGGUGGCGGUGCACUAGUAGGAGGUGGAUUAGGCGGACAUGGAAUUGGUGGCGGUAUCGGAGGCGGACGUGUUAUUGGUGGCGGCGGUAUCGGAGGUGGAUAUGGUGUUGUCGGAGGUGGCGGAGGAGGAUACGGCGGAUACGGACCAGUCGGAUAUGGAGUUGGUUCCAAAGGCGACUAUUAGAGAAAUUAAAUAAUUAGAAGUUACUUGAAGGUUUAGGGCCAAAUACUGAGUAACAGUUUUUCCUAGGAGGAUUUCUAAAAUCUGGUGGCAUUUCAGACAUUAAUACUUGUUGUUACCACGUUUAAUUCUCGUUUGUUACCACGUGUUUUACGUGAUUUGAGCAUUUGUAGAUAAUAUAUAACAUCGGUUUGAUCAAUGUAAUCAUCAUCUUCGGGCGUCUAAAAUAAAUUAUAUAUUUUCCAAUAUUUGUUACUUGUACUGAACCCUAUUCAUCGACUGUCAGAUGAAAUACAUCAUUGAUUUUAUUAAAUCUUUACUAGAUACAACUA